GGCGUUUUCUUAYUGUCGUACAGAGCUUCGCAGUAAGUUCCUAGAUAUUCGAACGCAAAAWAUAUGGUACAAGUACCUUACUUCCAAUAUCAUCUUCCCGUCAGCACAUGCUGCAUUUGUACCCGUGCCAGCAACUGAGGAUAUCUACGAGUUGCGUGAGUUCGCAACGAAUGCAUUCCAUAAAACCAGACCUGACUGCACCAAAUGGAUGCAGGAUUUGAUUUAGAACAGAAACACACUCAAAACCACAGCUGCCUCUCACUUUGCGAUGCAUUCGACACCAACGUUGCUGCUCCUGGCACUGCUGAUCGUUUCUACGAACUCGCAGUACGCUAAGCAAGAAAACGAAAAAGAACUCGUGUGCCCAACCGAUUAUGUCGUGACCAAGAUCGAUAACGAUGGCACUCAUGCAGUAACUGAAGAAACCGAAAACUCGAAGCAACGGACGCUUCAAUUCAWAGAACACCUUCCGCUCCAUGUUCUCCGGCAGGGCGGCGACUUUGUGGAGUUUCUCGUUCGCAACACAACAUGGUUUGGCGGCGAAAUAGAGACGGAWCACGAUCAAAUUCUGUUYCCCCAACACAUCUUCACCAAUUACGCCAGCGACUCGUUCAUGUCGGAGCACUGUAUCCUAGAUGAGAAUAUGGCACCGCRUUCUUCAACCGACGUCAUUAGAGCCUCCUGCAUCGAUACUCCCGAAGCAGGAAAUAUCGCCCUUGUUCGAAUCUUUGCAAGAUUUCCAGAUGAGUCUACCACCUCUAGCCCAACUUCCAUCCCCAAGUGCUGUCAUGAUCCCUACCCAAAAAGCGCUGCUUCUAACAAACUUUUAGAAUAUGUUUUCGAAAUCAAUUGCGACGUCUCGUGUGACGAUCCAAUUUAUUAUGAGCCAGAGGACACAGAUUCUCCUAUCCCUGCUCCAACUUCUCCCUCGGCGCUUCCCACCCCAGAUGUCAUCCCACGAACGACUUGUCUCGCAAACGAUAGCACGGAGAAAUCUAUUUCUUCGUUGUCCCGAGACCUCGUCGUUGCGUCGCUGAAAAAUGGUCCCUUUUAUGGAGCCCGUCACUCCUGGGCCUGGCCUAGUGCCAACAACAAAGGAUGCGGUCGGUAUUCGGCCAUGGGACCAGGUAMAAAUGGUAUGCCUUGUUUCGUUGAUACACAAUUGAAGAACCGUGUUCUGGCCUUCGACUCUGAGUACAUGAACUUUGAGUUUUCGUUUGACGAAGGAAUGACUGCCACCAUGUCUCUUUCGGAUAAAGCGGAAGCAUCGGCAGAUGCCAUCGGAAAAGAGGGAAGCAUUGAAAUCAAKGAAGCCCCAUCCAUUAAACGCACAGCURUUUCCUUCUUCCCAGCCGGAGAAGGYGGCGGCAAAGCAUGCUCCCCUCCAUCGGAAAAAGAUGAUUACAAAGGGUACCCCAUUCGAUUGGUGCGGAGCGGUCGCUAUUUGCAUCACUGGUAUUUCAACAACGUCGGUUGUAACGGAGRCAGUGAUACUCGAAUUGAACUGAAGGUCRCCCCUGACUGGUAAGUAGUCCUCGUAGAGUACKCACGGUGCAGUAGAGUGCAGUUCAUUAUGYUGCUCGCAGAGCAGAGCUACGGAAUGAUUUGGUGUCGUCCAUGGGGGAAACGGCGACUAUGGAUUCAACUUGUGUUAAACACAAUAGCAGCUUKUGGUGAUUAAARACUUCAUCGUAAAUAUUUCGUUAUGAUUGUUGUCGUUGUCUCACUUUUUGYCCUCCCGCUACUAUGUUGUAACAUGGUAAAAUGUAACUCGCUAAACACAGCGUCGAAGUAUACUCUAUUWSUAACAACGGUGCAGAACCUUUGUAYUGGCUCGAUGCUUCUACAAAGGAAAAACUUGGAUAUGGCARUUCAGCCAGCAGCAAUGGAUUUGCCGGCGUCUCAUACUGUGUAAGAUGCGAAAGUGAACUCGACGGUAGCUCUGGCGGAAGUGGGAACAACGAACAAYUAUCGGGGUGUGGAGUUGUGCUCACKCCGAUCCCAACUGAUUGUUGCCCCCUAACUSCUACAAACGGAGAUGGAAGCACUCUUUGUGGAAGCGGAUGGAAUUACGAAUCUUGCGAUGCUUCUAAUUCGUUGAUGACWACACCAGUGACCCAGGAUGUGAUCGURACAUCGAAAAAUGAAUAUCCAGUAUUAGCCAGCGGGCACUCAUUCGAAAUUCGUGUCGAUCGUCAAACAGGAAACCAACUUAGCAACGUCGCCACCGAAUUYGAGGUUACCAACAAUUCAGAGACAUGGAAAAAAGUUAAGCUCCAGUUUCAUAUCGACAAUCCCAGGCGUCACACAGGUGCUGCGGGUAUCUUGAGAGACCCCCAAACGGAAGAGCCCACUGGCAUCCACGUGCAAAUGUCCAAGAAUUGGCACGUUGGAGACGCACUCUACGACGGUUACUGGUGGACCGGUGUGGCCCACAUUCGUGUUCCUCCAGGAACGACCAUUAGUCUCGAGCUGGUUGUGGCGUAUCAGUAUUACAAGUCUUUACACGGUGUCUCGCACAGUCAACUAUCUCUCAUCGGUUGGGGGGUAAACGGAUUGUGGGAAGAAGUUGGACUCGGUGCGAACGGUGAAUCCAUUACUUACGAGCCACAUGGGCAUCACCGCCGGCAAAUGAUCCUGGAUACUCGCCCCUGGUUGGUGUGUCAGAUGAACCAAGCAGRGUGCAGAGGAUCUCCCGACUCUACCCAAUGGACCGAAAACCACGGUGGGGGUGAUUUCCUGAAUGCCGUUAACAAUAGGGGGAUGUACCAAUACCUAGUAGGCGAUACAUCCUACCACACYAUGAAUGGUCCUCGACUGACAAAUGCCACUUUUGCCGGAACGACUGUCGAUGGAAAUAUUGCUGUGUCCCGCACCGUCAGCACCUGGACGACCGAUGAUUUUGUCCGCCACUUGCACAGUUUCAAGUACACAUUCUUGGAAGACACUGCGGGAAACAACUACCCUCGAUUUGCCCUAUAUACUCUGGGUGGUGACAACUAUAACUAUAUUAGGUUCCCUYUGUUCGCCUACGGCAUGGGGGAAGACAGUUAUGUUGAUAAYAGYUUGGACGGUAGUGGGGUGCUUAGCAUCAAAAGUGUCCUUWCCGGAGUCAAUGACUUUCGAUACCUCAACGACUACUACAGGGUGGAUGCACCCAUUGGAUGUAGCCAAAAUAAUGGSGACAACGACUCGUGUUGGUUUGCCAUGGUCACRGAUCCAGAUGCUCAGGUUCACCACCGUGGAAACCGCGGAAUCAUUGUCCGGAACUUUCAUGGCCGGCUCAACGGGGAACCCUGGCCUCCCUCGGACCUAGUUUCGCCCUUUGCUUUUCACUUGAUCAAGAGUCGACAAAACAACGCCGCCAAGGACACCGUCUCCAUCGAGCUUGCCCUYCCGUCAGAAUUCUUGACGGCUGUCGAUAACAACGAGGCCCAGUUCCAAGCCGGAGAUUACUUGACCGCCGAUAUCGAGCUGAUGGUCCCUCCUCGUCAAAACGGAGAUUACUAUGGARACUCGAAUGUUCUACGGRYGUGGAUGAAUGCGGCGGACGUGGACACAGACUACUCGAAUGGUUGGAAGAUCRUUGCAAAGGAAGCAGUAGCUGGAGACGCCCUACGAACAAGUGUCUUCGAGGGCAGCCUCGAACGGAAAUAUCCCCCUAGGGUGCACGUGGAUUGCGUGACCGAUGGUGCUAUCUUCAACAUUGCCAUCCCGGACGAGAUCCCCGGAAUUCUACCCAUUACAAUUGCCGGGGUGGGUGCCUCCACGGCCUUCUCGGAAAACCUUCUCGAUCGGCCUUUGGGCAAACUCUGGAGGUACAUCGUCUCCCGGGGAGCCUGGGAGGAAAUGGGAACGAACGGAUCCUACCAGCUCGAAAAAGACGUUYUAGAUAACAGCCAUACCUAUGUCUACAGCCUUCGUUUGGAAUUCGAGAACGAUCCGGUGGGAACCUGCGAGCAGUUUGCCUUUGGGGAAGCACCUCCCCUAGUGGCCAAUCCUCCCUGCGAGGGUUUUAUUUUUGACUAAUUGUAGCGCUCAUUGAAAAGAACUCGCUGUUGGCUCUAUUGGAUAUAUUGCAUUUC